UGUGUGCGUUCUAGGUCGGGUUCUCGCAUAGACGGUUCGGUUUCGCGCGCGCCGGCCCUUUCCUUCAAACGUGUUCGGUCCGCCGACGACAACAGACUGGGGUAGCGCGCUGCCCGUGCGCACACAAAGCGGAGAAUUUUGUCGUUUUUUGUUGCAUCUUUUACUACAUUUUUCUGUUCUGCUCCCCGAGGGCUGUGUUUUGAACGUGUUUUUGGCAAACGUGUGUGCAUUUUUGUGCCCAAUUGGGUGUGCGUGUGUGUUUAGAUUAGAAUCUGUUUCAAGUAGUUGUGAAAUUUUCUGAUUGUAUAAAGUGUAACAAAGGGGUCAGUUGCGGCAAAGAAAAAAACACCAUGACGGUCCCACCAGUGAUGGAGCUAACGGAGGAGGAGACAGAGGCAAAGCAGUACUUUGCCCAUCUCAUGACGGCGAUCAACGUACCGUGUGACGUCGGCACGGGCGCGGAGCUGGAUACACACCUACCCCCUUGGUUCGACGAGGCAAAGUUUAAGCGCGGCCAGAAGUUCUACACCGACAAUCGGUUCGGCAUACUGCAGGCCAACUUCUGCAGCCUGCUGGUACUGCUGGCCGAUCCGAAGGGGUUGCGCAUUCUGGAGCAUACGGGCAAGUCGAGCACGACGGAAACUGCCCGCAAGCGUUACGUGUCGACCUUCAUUCACAUGAGCGAUUGGUACGAGUGUGAGCUGGUGCCGGGAUCAAAAUCAUGGAAGUCACUGUCGCAGGUACGCCGCAUGCAUCUGAGCGCUUCGAACAGCGCCAAAAAGCGUAACCUUGGUUUCAUCAGCCAACCGGAAAUGGCACUCACGACGUUCGGUUUCAUGGGUUUCCCGCUGGUGCGGCCGCAUCUGCUCGGCAUUCGGUACGACAAUCGCGAAGAUCGCGAAGCGUUCAUCCACUUCUGGGCGGUGAUCGGUUUCAUGCUGGGCGUGCGGGACGAGUACAACAUGUGCCUGUUCCGGCUGGAAGUAGUCGAGAUGAUCUGCCACGUGGUGAUACGGUACGUGUUUGUGCCGUCGCUGCAGCUCGAAACGCAGCUCCUGCGCCACAUGAUGGGUGCGAUCGUGGACGCGUUCGCCCCGUACAUGCCGUUCGUUUCGUACGAAAGCGUCAUGUUUCUGACGCGCCGGCUCGUUGGCAUUCCGGGCUACCAGUACGGUGCGGACAUGGGCAAGGAGUACAUCUGCCGGGCGCUGCUAACGCAGGCAGAGCUAGACGCAGUGUUGGAGCAGAUGACACCGAGGGAUGGUUACCGGCAGGUGGAGGCAAUGUACCGUGCCAUAUUUAGUGAAAAGCUGCGCAUCUACACGAUCAAGGAGCUGACGGAUGAGAUCAAUGAGAACUAUAUUGAGACGGUCGGUUUGGAUGGAACGAAUGGAACGUAUACGCAGCUCGCGGGCGAGGAAGAACGGAAACCAUCAGCCGAGCGACAGAUGCGCGAGCUGAUGGGACUGAAGCACAACCAGGAGCUGGUAGUGACGACGGUUGACGAUGAAAGCGAGUGGGCUGCGUAUAGGGGUGAUACCAAGCUGAAGCUGCUGCCUGCCCGGGAUCAAACGAACGUUCGCGUGACGGCACAGAUGCUCAACAGUUGCUACAGUAUGCUUGGGCGGUUUGCCAACGAGACGGCGUUGUCGUUCAUCCUUUACCGAAUUAAGCGCCUGCAGGGAAAGUGAGGUUGUGGCAGGGCAGCAGUAAGCAUGACAUGUAGGCCUUUAGUGUAGUGCAGCAGUACAAACAAUACACACUUCAACGAACAGGAUCAUCGAAGAGCAAUGAGGGCGCUUGGGCUAGAUUUUAACGACUAGUAGGUUUUACUUAGAAGAUAGUGUAUGGAGGUAGCGACGAUGGGAUAUAUUUUGAUUAAGGAAUAAGGAAGACAGAAAACAGGGAACGAAUGGUAACCCAAAGCAAUAAAAUUGAUAUAUUUUGAGGCACCAAAACCUCCAAGGCA